CACGAGCCCAUCAGUGUUUACAUUACGUGUCAGCUGAGUGAGUGGUGUGAGGUGCGGCCUGUUUCUCAGGCGCCAGACAGGGAAGGCUUUCUCGCCAAGCUUGUGAUUGUGUAACCAUCAUCAAAUAUGGCUCUCACAAUAACCCCGGAACUGAUGGACCAGUACCGCACUGAAGUGCAGAGCGAGCCCUCCUCCUGCCUCGCCAUGAAUGCCUGCUUUAAGUCUGACCCACUGGAGAUGUGCAUGUGCCGCUGUAAGGUGAUGGCCACCAGCCACGUCUUCACCCACAAGGUUGAGAGUGAGGGGCGGCCAGUCACCAACCAGAAGUCCUCCGGGCGAUGCUGGAUCUUUGCCGCGCUGAACGUGAUGCGCCUUCCCUUCAUCAAACAGUACAAUCUGGAGGAAUUUGAAUUUUCACAGGCAUAUCUCUUUUACAUGGACAAGCUGGAACGCUGCAAUUAUUUCCUGAACAAAAUGGUGGAGUGUGCCAAGCGUGGGGAAGAGGUUGAAGGACGGCUGCUGUCCUUCCUCCUGCAUGACCCAAUCGUUGAUGGAGGCCAAUGGGACAUGUUUGUUAACCUCAUCACCAGGUACGGUGUGAUGCCCAAAAAGUAUUUCCCCGAGUCAUACAGUGCUGAAAAUUCUAUGAGGAUGAACCGAAUUCUGCAAAGUAAGCUGCGGGAAUACACCAGAGAGCUGCGUGCUGUGGUGAGCAAGGAUGGCGAUGAAAGCACCGUGGUCAGCACUCUCACUCGGCAGAUGAAGGAAAUUUAUCGCAUUGUUUCCAUCUGCCUGGGCAUUCCCCCAGAAACCUUCACCUGGGAGUAUUAUGACAAGUCCAAGACGUACCAUAAAAUUGGGCCCAUCACACCACUAGAGUUUUACAAUGAAUAUGUCAAGCCAGUGUACAAUGUAGAAGACAAGGUGUGCUUAGUUACUGACCCAAGGCCCAACAAUGCCUAUGGCCAUGCUUACACAGUGGACUGUUUAGGGAACAUGGUUGGGGGAAGGUCUACCAUAUACAAUAACCAACCAGUGGAGAUGCUUAUGAAUCUUACCAGUGAGAGCAUUAAGAAUGGGGAAGCUGUGUGGUUUGGCUGUGAGGUGGCCAAGCGGUUUGCAGGGAAACUAGGAAUCCAGGAUCUUGAAGUCCACAACUACAAGUCUGUCUUUGGUGUGGAGGUGAACUUAGGCCUCAGUAAAGCUGAUCGUCUUCUGUAUGGAGAGUCUCUUAUGACUCAUGCUAUGGUCUUCACUGCCACCACCCUCAAUGAAUCUGGUUCUCCUGAGAAGUGGCGUGUGGAGAACAGUUGGGGUGAGGACAGAGGUGAGAAAGGCUACCUCCUCAUGACCUCUGAGUGGUUCAGAGAGUUUGUAUUUGAGACUGUGGUGGACAAAAAGUAUGUACCUGAGGAGGUGCUAGCAGUGUUCAACCAGGAGCCCAUCGUCCUUCCUGCCUGGGAUCCCAUGGGAGCCCUGGCCAGGGACGUCAGGUCUCAGCUGCAGUUUUAAUAAUAAUUUUUGCCAUUAAGGUGUAAUAGUUCUCUGCAUUUUGUUUUAAGUACAAUUAAGUUACAUAUACCUCUAUUUACCUGCAUUUUGUUAGUAUUUUGCUGAAGUCUGCCUCUGGUGUGGCUUUGGCAAGUUGAAGGCUUGUUGCUCUCCCACCUGGAUCAAUACUCUUUGUACCAGUUCUUGACAUGAGAUUCCAACUUCAUUGAUCACCAGAAAGUUAGAUGCAUUUUAACCAGUGGGAGUUGUAAGUGUUUUAGGGGAACAAUUUAAUUUUUUAUUAAUGUUUUCUAAUGUACUUCCUCACUUGUUUGUUAGCUGAGCAUAGUGCUGCAGCUUACAUCUGUUGCCUGAGACUACCCACCCCUCACUUGUUAACAAAGCUCAUAUCCUUUUACUCCUUUCCAAUAUAUACAUACUCAUGACUAAUUUGUAUCAUAGGAAUCUCUAAUACUAUUGGUCUUAGCCUGUCAAGUAUUCUAAUAACUUAAAUUAAGGAAUGUAUACUACUCUUGGAUUUGCAUGCUGACUUGCCCACUGGGUCUCUCAUACUCUUAUAAAUGCUCAGCCCAGGGUGAUCACAGCAUUCCAGAGGUAGCCUUCUUUUUUUCCUGUAUCUGAAGGCCCUUGUGAAUAAGCUAAUGGAACGUAGUUCUCAGCUUUCCUCAGGCACUUGUCUUAUAUUCUACAGUAUCGACUCUGGUCUUUUGUAAGCCUAAAUAAGUGAUUGACAGUGUGGAAUGUGAGCAUUUGAUGUUAUUUUAACUCAGUUUUGUGUAGUAUGUAGGUUAGCAUGACAAUAUUAUACCUUGGUGGAUUAUGUUUCAGUUUAUUUUUGUAAUAAGAGGACAAUAAAUUUUUAUUAAAAUGACAAAGCUCCAUUGAGAAAAGAAAGAGAAACAGACUUUUUACAACCAGACAAAUGUCUUUUAUUGAGAAAACAAAGAAUAAAACAGGCUGACCAUCACUAACCCAGUUCCAUCACUAAUCUGGCACUGAUCUUGGGUAGCAUGAUGUUAGAUUUCCCAGGUCACUGCACCAACCUGCUGCCACUCUGGCUUGUUGAAAAGAAUGUACAAUGUAUUGACAUGUAAAUUGCCAGCCACAGCUCAGGCUGGAUAGUGUGCAAGUGGAAGCCACAGCUCAGGCUGUAGGAACUUUGAUAAUUUCUCUUAAAAGUGUAAUGUGUACUGGGAUGCUUAUUGACUAAUUUCUGGCCGGCAGACCACUUAAUCCGUAAACUACAACAUACAUCAUAUGAAGAAUAUGAUGUAAAGGCUAUUUUUAAACUUGGUGGCAUAUAUUUUGUUCCUAUAUGUCUUGAAAUGAUGUUUGGCAACUCAGGAUGGGGUCCAUACUCUCUGUUAUUACAAAUAAGUGCAUGUGUGUUGAUGACACAGUAGAAUAAACUUUUGCUUUGCAUUAGGCUACAUGGAAACAGUGUAGCUUAUUGUACAGAUGAAAAUAGAUGAUUCUGAACUAUGAAUAAAUCUCCUACUGUUUAUUAC